UCAUAUUCUUGAGUUUCAUCAUUUUUUAGCUAUUAGUUAUAUAACCCCUUUUGAUUUUUAUUGGUGUUAUAGUGAUAAAGUUUGAAUCUUUAUCUAUAUUUCUGUGAACCCUUUUGGUUUCUUGAAGUUUUAAACCUGGUGUUUGGUUAUUUGGGGCAUGCAAAUUCUUGAUUGAUUAUGAAGUAUUUUGGGGUUGUGGGGUCAAUCUUGAUUUGGUUUUUGGUUUUUGUUAGCUUUGUUGAGGUUAAUAAGGGUCAAAUUCUAACUACACUUGAUGGACCUUUUAAGCCAGUGACUGUUCCUUUGGACCAAAGUUUUAGGGGACAUGCUGUUGAUUUGCCAGACACUGAUUCUAGAGUUCAAAGGACUGUUGAAGGAUUUGAACCUGAGCAGAUAUCUGUUUCCCUUUCUGCUACUUAUGACUCUAUUUGGGUUUCUUGGAUUACUGGGGAAUAUCAAAUUGGCAACAAUAUUAAACCAUUGGAUCCAAGUAAAGUUGGUAGUGUUGUUCAAUAUGGGAAAGAUAAAUCCUCCUUAAGACGCAAAGCAAUCGGCCAGUCUGUUAUUUAUAAUCAACUUUAUCCAUUUGAAGGACUUCAGAACUACACUUCUGGUAUUAUACACCAUGUCCAACUUACAGGAUUGAAACCGGACACAUUAUACUAUUAUCUAUGUGGAGAUCCUUCUAUACCAGCUAUGAGUACUAUCUAUCAUUUCAAGACCAUGCCUAUUUCGUCUCCAAAGUGUUAUCCGAAGAGAAUAGCAAUUGUAGGGGACCUUGGUCUUACAUACAAUACAACUUCUACGAUUAGCCAUUUGACAGGAAACAAUCCAGAUCUUGUUCUAUUAGUGGGAGAUGUUACUUAUGCUAACUUGUAUCUCACUAAUGGAACUGGUUCAGAUUGCUAUUCAUGCUCAUUUCCCGACACUCCAAUACAUGAGACAUAUCAACCUCGGUGGGACUAUUGGGGAAGAUAUAUGCAGCCAUUGGUGUCCAAAAUUCCCAUCAUGGUGUUGGAGGGGAACCAUGAGAUAGAAGAACAAGCUGAAAAUCAGACAUUUGCAGCAUAUCGUUCUCGCUUUGCUUUCCCAUCAAAAGAAAGUGGAUCAUCAUCCCCAUUAUACUAUUCUUUUAAUGCGGGAGGCAUACACUUCAUCAUGCUUGGGGGAUAUGUCGCCUAUAAUAAAUCAGAUGAUCAAUACAAGUGGUUGGAGAAGGACCUGGCUAACGUUGAUAGGACAAUUACUCCAUGGCUAGUUGCCACUUGGCAUCCACCUUGGUACUCUACUUACACAGCACACUAUCGAGAAGCUGAAUGUAUGAAGGUAGCGAUGGAGGAGUUGUUGUACGAGUAUGGUGUCGAUUUAGUCUUCAACGGACAUGUUCAUGCCUAUGAAAGGUCCAACAGAGUCUAUAACUACACACUGGAUCCUUGCGGUCCAGUCCAUAUAACUGUCGGUGAUGGUGGAAACCGUGAGAAGAUGGCGAUAGAACAUGCUGAUGAGCCAGGAAAAUGUCCUGAUCCAGCUAGCACACCGGACAAAUUUAUGGGUGGAUUCUGUGCCUAUAAUUUUACAUCAGGUCCAGCAGCCGGCAACUUCUGCUGGGAUCAACAACCUGAAUAUAGUGCAUAUAGAGAAAGUAGCUUCGGCCAUGGAAUACUUGAGGUGAAAAAUGAGACACAUGCUCUAUGGACAUGGCAUAGGAACCAAGAUAUGUACAAUAAAGCUGGAGAUAUAAUUUACAUAGUGAGACAACCUGAGAAAUGUCCUAUUAAACCAAAGGUAAUUAAGCCCUGGUUAGUACAAAAUUACAAAUUUGAUUGGAUAAAAAAAUUAAUCUAACCCCAA